AUGGUGACGGGCGGCGGGAGGUGCUCCGUACCCGGUGAGCGGCCGUCGGCGUCGAGCAGCAACCCGCUCGGCGCGCUUGCGGAUUCCAUCCUCGGCUCCGCCGCCAAACAGCAGGAGAGGGUUCGCGAGCUUCCGAGCCUGGCAGGUCCGGGCCAAGCCUCGGGCAGCAACCUGUUCGGUCCGGCGGAAGCAGGAGCAGGCCCGGCGAUGAUGCCGCUGCCAGGAGCCGACAUGCAGAGCGCAAUGGGCGGACCCAUGGGGGCCAUGGGGGGCAUGAGCCCGUCAAUCCAGGCGCAGCAGUUCCUCUCCUCCUUUCACACAGCAGGCCGAACAGCAGCGCCCGGGCCACCCGAUGCUCAGCUAGAGGCCCUGUGGAACGAGGCUCGGCACGCCCAGGCCUUGCCGCCAGGCAUGGCAGCAGGCAUGGCGCCGCCGGACGCAGCAGCAGCGGCGCAUUUCCGCGAGUUUGAGCAGAUCUUUGGCGGCAUGUCGCUGGAUGGUGGCGCUGCUUCUGCCAGUGGCGAUGCUGCCAUGCAGCCGCCUGCAAUCCCCGGGCUGCCCCCCCAGCAGCAGCAGGCAGUGCGCGCACUACUACACUCCUUCCUCUCCUCCACACAAGCGGGCGUGCCCCUCCCCGCACACCCCCACGCGCCCCUGCCCCCCCUGGCGCACCUCUCCCCCGCGGACCGCGCGCGCAUCCGCAACCGCUCCUCCAUCCUCGCCCGCCACGUGUUUGCACAGCAGGGGGGGGCGGGCGCGCAGGGGGAGGGCUUCGCCUCUGCGCAGGUGGCCGCGCUGCUGCGCUCCCUGGGCAUAGAGGACGUGGGGGAGGGCGCAGGGGGCGCGGAGGGCGCGGGGGGCGCGCUCAUGGGCGCGCCUGGCCCGCUGGGGGGCAGGUUCCGCGAGUUUGAGGACUUUUGGAAGGAUGCAGGGGAGGUGGCGGGUGGGGGGGGGAUGGUGGCGGGUGCGGGCGGAGGGGGGGGCGCAGGGGGAUGGGUGGGGGAGUUUGAGGCGCAGCAGCAGCAGAGGUUGCGGGAGGAAGGGGGGGAGAGUAGCAGCACCGGCUGGGCGGACGAAUUUGCUGAGGACUGGCAGCAGCAGCAGCGCGUGAGGGAGGAGGCGAGGGCAGGGGGGCCACGCAGCGAGGCGGAGAGGGUGGCAGCGAGGCAGCAGACACAACGCAUCGUGGACACACUCGCGCAGGACCCCAACCCCAAGUUCCAGCAAUCCAAGUUCCUGCAGUUUGUGUCCAAGAUGAGUCGCGGUGAGCUGAUAGCCGAGGAAGGCGGAGUGAGGGAGGUGUCGCCUGCAGAAGCAGCGGCGGCGGCAGCAGCGGAGCAGUGGGCGAGCGAGUUUGAGAACCUUCACCAGCACGAGCACGUGCACUCGCAUGCCAUCAAGGCUGAUGCUGAUUGGGCCACUGAGUUCGCUGCCCGGAACGAGUCAUCAACGUCGCUGGAUUCAAGGGACUGGGCGGACGAGUUUGCACAGCAGAUGGCACACGCACACCCUCAUGGGCACACACACGCGGAGGGCGAGGGCGUGGUGGAGGACGGCGAUCCCAGCGCAUGGCUCGAGUCGUACGAGCGCUACGUGGAGGAGCAGUUGAGGGACGAGCAGCAGAGGAGGGCGGAGUCAUCCUCAUCGCGCUGGCCCUACGCCUUUGCCGAUAAGAACCCCUACGUGGGCCACCCCCAUCCCUUCCAGCAGGGGCAGGACCUCUUCAGGCGGGGGCUGCUCAGUGAGGCGAUACUGGCAUUGGAGGCGGAAGUUUUGCGCAACGAGGGCAACGCCGAGGCGUGGCGCCUGCUGGGCGUGUCACACGCUGAAAACGACGACGAUAGACAGGCCAUAGCAGCCAUGACGCGAGCGCGGGACGCCGAUCCCACCAACCUGGAUGUGCUCCUCGCCCUGGGCGUCAGCCACACCAACGAGCUGGAGCAGGCAGAGGCGCUGUACCACCUGCGCAGCUGGCUGCAGAACCACGCCAAGUACAAGGCGCUUGUGCCGCCCUCUGGCCCCGCCUCCAUGUCUCACUCCGAUGUGGUGCAACUGUACACGGAGGCAGCUCGCAUGGCUCCAGAUGAUGCCGACCUGCAGGUGGUGCUGGGAGUGCUGUUCAACCUCUCCCACGAGUACGACCGCGCCAAGGCAGCCUUCCGCAGGGCCCUUGCGCUGCGCCCCUCCGACUACUCGCUCUGGAACAAGCUGGGCGCCACUCAGGCCAACAGUGCGCAGUCCGCUGAAGCGAUUGAGGCGUAUCAGAAGGCUUUGGAUCUGAAGCCGAAUUAUGUUCGUGCAUGGACAAACAUGGGCAUUGGAUAUGCCAACCAAGGGAAGUACGAGGAGUCGGCUCGCUAUUAUGUGCGUGCGAUUGCGAUGAAUCCAACGGCAGAGAAUGCGUGGCAGUACCUGAGAAUCGCGUUAAGCUGCGCUGGAAAGGCGGAGCUACUCCCAGCUUGUGAUGCCCAUGAUGUGGAUGCACUUCAGAGGGAUGACGUCCCUGCAGUUUCUGGAGAGACCAUCCACAGCUCUGCGCUUGUCUGCAACGCUGAAAGCAAUCCGAGGGAGCUGAAGCCCAUUAUUGAUGGCAAAAUGCAAAACUCCCCGCAACUGAUCGCAUGCCAGCCGCAAUUUGCUCUAACCUCUGACCAUCACCAGUCGCUGGCAACCCCGAAGCUCGACGAUUCUCCACUGUCUGCAGACUACUCUCCUUCUUCAACACCCAGGACGCCAGGCUCCUCCAGCUCGUUUCGGUGCUCGCCUGUACGGAAGCUUCCCGCUCUCUCACCUAUCGCCGAAGUCCGCUCUCCACACAUAUUGGGAGCUCCAGUGUCUCCUCCACCUCUCACAACCCCUGUCUUCUCAUCAAUCCCGCCGCUGACAAACAUUAGCCCUGAUGGUCAAGCUGGCUCGCCAGACUCAGCCGUGUCUGCAGAUCCUAACGCAGGCCCUUUCACAAUAAGCCAGUGGCAACAACUGGAGAAACAAGCUUUGAUCUUUAAAUAUAUCGUAUCUGGUGUUUCUCCUCCACAAGAUCUUGUUGCAUCACUAUACGCAUCCCCUGAUACCUCCAAAAGACCUCGGGAAAGCGAGCGAGGCGAGUGGAUGCACCCGAUGAGGCUUGACUUGGAGCCUGACAGGUGUCGUCGUACUGAUGGGAAGAAGUGGCGGUGUUCUCGAGAGGCCGUCAAAGAUCAGAAGUAUUGUGACCGUCACAUGCAUAGAGGGAGAAACAGGUCGCGGAAGACAAAUGAAAACUGCACUGCAGGCUCUAAUGCAUCCAUUGCUGCUGCGUCGUCCGAUGGUCCUGCGUCAGAAGUAGCAGGCGGAAUCAACGCUGCGACAAGCAGCAUCGUUGAGAGUGCUAUCACGCAGACAAGGCAUAUCGAUGAGCAUGCAGUCGUUUCUGCCUCGGAGGGCAAGAAUGACUCAAGAUGCGAAUCAAGUGCUCAAAUGGGAGAACGAUCAGCUCUACCACCUCUCACGUUACCUCCCCCAGUUCAUCCAAUGGGCGCAGCACAAGUGGAACCAUCUUCGGGACUCAACUCGCGAGCCUCUGCAGCAUCAACAUGGCAGACGAAUCCAACCACUUUCCAGUCGCAAGCGCAGCAAGAGCAGCACAUGAUGCAACAUCCACCUCAAGACCAGCAGGCUGUGCCUCAUUCUGGAGGCAUGAAUCAAAGCAUUAACUGCAGCACUUCCAGUCGCGUUCAGCAAUAUCAGCUGAGUGGCAACCUUGGUCCUCGGUUCACCUCCUCCUUCCAGCCUGGGCAGUCGCUGCAAGUUGAGAAUACCACGUCUGGAACCCCUUCAACAACCAAAUCCCUUGGUGUCAGCUCGAGCAUCGUGGGUUUGAACAGCGGUCCUACGCAGUCUGGCAACCAUGGGACAGCAGGCGGACAACUCCAGCCUGGACACUACCAGAUUCAGCAUACCCCAAGAGCUGCUAUAUGGGAGAGGGAUGGAGAUGAUGAUACCCCUGGAAGCAGUUCAAGAGUCCCACUUCUUCGUCUGCCAAACUUGUUGCAGAGGUCGGCGUCAUUACAGAUUGCUUCAUCUUAUUCUGACAAGUCACACGCGGGCCAUCACCUGAGCUACGCUCCAGCUCCUGUGCGUAGCGUCGUCGUCCGGCCAAUCAGGAGCCAACGCCUGGUUGCUGUCUGCGCGGCUUGUUCCCCCAAGUCCACCAAUGCCGCUCCCUCGCGUCGCCCCGCGUCCGCGCCGUUGCGCCUGCUCUCCGCGCCCGUGGCGGCGCUCCCCCUGGUGCUGGCGUUCGUGGAGGCGGAGCUGCCCAACGCCAUCGACACAUUCACCGCGCUCUCCGACUUUCACAUCACCGAGCCCGCCUUCAAAGCUUUCUACAUGAUCUUCACAUGCGUCUUCUGCUGGGGUGCGCUCGUCUUCGGCUCCAUGAACGACGAGUACUACGAGAGCGACGAGUACCGCAAGGCGGGUGGCAACGGCACCCAGUUCUGGAUCUACCAACGGGUCAGUCGCGCGCCCAUGCCCCAGCUGCUCGCACACGGGGGGUGUUGGCACAGUGGGGGGGGGGGGGGGAGUUGGCCGGGGAUAUUGGGGGGGGAUGUUGGCCGGGGAUGUUACCAGGAAUACAGGGAUGCAGGUGCACCUGGCAUGUAG